AUGCUGGACGUGAAGGAUCUCUUCUCGCCAAAGCGGCAGCGUUUGCUGCGUGGCGAACUUGAGCCCGAGGAGGUUUCGGGCAUAGGCCUGCCCCUGUCCUGGCGCCGCUUCCCAGAUCCUGCAGCUCGGUCCUUACUACAGAGUCAGGCCAACCGCGCUUGGGACGUGCUGGGCACUUGUGGAACGUCUUUGAAGAAUUGCCAAAAGGACUUUUGCACGAGCCGAGAUGUCUUGCGCCAGUGCCGCACGCAGCUAGAGGCUCACUUGGCCUGCAGCGCCGCGGUUUGUGACCUGCUUGCCGGGAGGUGGUCGGAUCCCAAGGACGAGGAUUGGGCAUCCGACACGAUUUCUUGUCGACCGCCGGCAGCAUCGAGGCCACGGUACUGCGUGGGCCGUGUUCGGUGCUUCUUCUGCCGUCAGCGUGCCUCCUUGGAGCAAGAGGAGGGGGAGCUGGGACCAGGGAACGAUGCAUGGGACCUCGACUCUGCUGUGCUUGCCGACGUCAGCUGCACAGCCUCCUCGUCGGAUGGAUUCCACAUCGACACAGAAGCAGGCGACAGAGACGACAUGGGCCAGGAAGCGGAGGCGUCGCCGAUAACGCGGCGGCGGAGGCGGCGGACGUCCCGAGAGCGGGGGCACCGGCGACUGUACAAGUUGAAGCGAAUCCAGGCCGCCACAAGCAUGCCGACCUGGUAUGCCACCCACACUGUGGAGCCCGUGUCGGAGCCUCCGAAGCUGGCCCCGAGCUUGCGAGAUCAAGGUCACAGCGAGCGCAGCAUGCGCAGCAUGCGCAGCAUGCACAGCAUGCGCAGCGGCAGCAGCGGGCGGUGCAGCCCGGUGAGUCGAGAGUCCAGUGGAAGGAAGGAGGUCCGGGAGCAUCCGGUGGAGCAGAGGACUGAAAGGAGCGUGAGCAAGGAGGUCCUUGAGGACGACGCUCCGCAACGAGAGCUUCCAAAAGAGGCCGAUGCUGCAGAGCUGGAGCCAUACACCACAGCCGCUGCAAGGUUUCGCGCGGAGAUGGAGUUCCUGGACAUGUCCAGCUUUCCUGGCAGCCCCGAAGUGCCCAUGGUGCACAAAAGCAUGGGCCAAGAUUCACCUGAGAGGGCUUUGCCUCGCCCGCCUACGCUCCUCGCAGACGUCGAGGUCGAGGCAUGGCAGCGGCUUGCGCCGCCGGCGCCGCCUCCCUCGGCCAGCCACGCACGGAAGCUUCUGCCU